GGGACACUGAUAAAUCAAGAGACUCAGCAAAAUGUUUCAAAUUCAACACCGCAAAAGAAGAAUUAAAUAUCGCCUGUGAGAGUCAUCAAUGGAUUAUCGUGGACGAUGUGCGCUUCUCUCAACAUGAAAAGUGCGGAGAUACUGACCCGGGAAAAGCGUCGCUCAAGGAAUAUGUGAAACGAUUGUGUCAAGGGAAGCAUCAAUGCAACCUGCAUGAAGUAGCUAUCACACGUUAUGGUGUAAAAACUUCGAAGGAACUAGAUCUACAUCCAACUGUUUAUUUGUUCUUCUCAGUUCAUUUCGAAUGCAUGAAGAUUCAAGAAUCAGAAGAAGAUGACAUUCAAGUGUUCAACGUCUCAAGUGCAGACCUAAGCAGUACGCCUCUGAAGAGAACAUACAAGAAUGACUUUAUCUUUGCUGUCCAUGGUGAUGGCCAAACGACCUCUAGUUUCUCCUGCCUAAUGAAGGGGACAAAGAUGUAUGAAAUCAAAAUGCUUCAUCUAGACCUGCAUAACAAUAAAACUGAGAGGAACGAAUGGUUGUACCUUCGCUCAGGAGACCACAACAACGGAACCUUCAUCCCUACCGCCAAUGGUAAAAUCUAUUCUUCGGGAGAUUCAAUAAUCAAGAGGACCUCCUUUGAAGACUUCAACGUGACAAUCCAAGUAUCGUUGAGGACAGGUGUAAUCUGGCUGAAAGUGAAAGUUACUGGUAAUGUUACCAUUGAUUGCUCUCACGGAUCCCCGUCUACCAGUACCACAAAAGAAGAAAAGGUAGAAACCGUCACAGGGACGAAAGGCAUAACUACAACAGAAAUAGACUCUCCAAACAGCCGUCUUGCUGUGAAACACACUGCAAAGAAAGGUAUUGGCCAAACGUCGACCAGGAAGGCUUCAACGACCACGGAAUCCACCAGGGACUCAGACAAUGAUCACACUAUCGUUAUUGGAAUUGUUAGCUCAAUCGCUGUUGUGCUGGCUGUGGCUUUGGUGGUUGUUGUAUGUCGGAAAAGUGCUCCGGGACCAGGCUUCCCUCUGUCAAGUUCUUGAACACGCCAUCCCCAAGACUCCCGCAAAGACACACAGACAAGCAAGCAUCGGCCAGCGAGCACUAUUCGGAGGUGGAGGUAUCCUACGAGCCCGUCACCCCGUCUCAAACAAGCCCAACAAAACCGCUUGUGAGCCCAGACUUUAGCGGUGGAAUAUUGACUUUGGCGGUUCCCACACCUCCAGCCCCAGCAGCCGCUGUUGGGGGGAAUGUUUAUUCUUCUCCAAGUGCUCCAAAUAACUCCGAGAAUUACAGUACUCUUCG